AUGGAGAAUCCAUACAAACAACCACAGAAGGGCUGCGUUCUCUGUAACAUCACAGUGGACUUCAAGAAUGUUCAGGUCUGUCAUUAGACUACUGUACUAAGUACUGUGAUGAGCAAAUAUACAAUGUUUAUUUAUAAUAGGCUUCAUUUUUCUCCAAACUUCUUUCCAAUAGCUGCUGUCACAGUUUAUAUCCCCACACACAGGAAGAAUUUACGGCAGGCACAUAACAGGUGAGAGCUUGGUCAGGAAGAAAAGGUGAAAAUUUACACAUUAUCAGAGGCUGUCGUGUCAAGGUGUUUAUUCUUUCCCAGGUCUAUGUGGUAAGAAACAGAGGGAGAUCUCCAAAGCCAUAAAGAAAGCUCAUUCGAUGGGUAUGUCCUCAAAUAGCUAAUUUUAUUAUUGACUGGACACUCCAAACCAACUCAUUACAUCAGAAUCCCAUUCUGAAUGAUGUUUUUGCACUACAUUUGAAACAAAAUUCCACAGCAAAAAGAUGCAGAUAUGGAUUUAUGGGACAGUGGAAUUAUUUUCCAAAAACUGAGAGCAGAGACAUCAUUCAGAAUGGGAUUCUGAUGCAAUAAGAGUUGGUUUGGAGUGUUUUCCAACAUACAUUCGACACAUUUUCAUAAUGCAUUGUAGUCAAUGGCAAGUGAUGAAACAGCAAAAUGUGCCAAACUAUUUUCUCUGUAAUUAAACAAAAUAUUAAACAAAAAAAAGUUGUGGGAUCAACUACAAGUGCAGAGAUUGAAUAACGCCACAUGAAAAAAUGUGUGAACUAUAUGAUCAAAUAAUCUUCAGCAGUGUUCAACCUCGAGGUUGCUCUGUAAUAGUUUCUCUUUAGAAACUUCAAUGCACCAUCUAUCACUACUGACUAGAGGAUUUGUAAUAACAUUGUGUGCUACAGACUUUGUCUAUGGCUCAAAAUGACCAUGUUUUGAUCAUCCAGUCCUUCCUAUAAUAAAUACUGGUAAUAUUUCCCUCCACAGGAUUCAUGUCUGUAACCCACAAGGACCCACAUUUUAUGAAAGAUCCAAACAUCUGUGACAUCCGGCACUUGGAGUAA